GCUGCAGUUUCAUCGUCAUUCGAGUAACGACGACUGGAGGAUCAACAUUAGAGGACAGGUUUUGUUCUUUUUUCAGCAUUUGUAAACAAGACAAUAUAUCUGAUAGCUUUUUAGCUGUUCUUCUACACUCGCGCCUUGUGAAAACAUAGGUUUAAGUGUUUUCUACUUAGUAGCCGUUAUUUUCGACGGUUUUAUAAGGAGACCAACCAGCUACAUUUUAACUGCCUUCGGCAGAAAAACUGAGAGAUGGCUACACAGGUUGACUCGCACUCUGAUAUGGCACAGGCUCGCCAGAGCGACGGGAUCAAUGUGAUCUUCGACCAGAAGAGCCCAGGCUCUUCACACUCCCGAUCUCGCUCACGAUCCGUUAGCAGCUCUGCCAGCAGCCGUUCCACUGGUUCUGACUACAGAGGGCGUAAAAGCCACCGUGGACGCAGCAGGUCUUCAUCCUCCUCAUCUUCAUCUUCUUGCAGGAGCGGGUCAUCCUCUAGCUCCAGGUCCCGUUCCAGGUCCCGAUCCUAUCCGCGAUGCUACCGACAUUCUUCCCGCUGUCGAUGUGAUAACCACCGCAGUUAUGGCGGCUACCGCCGGCCCCCACCCAGGCGCUACAGGGCACACUCUCGCUCCUUCAGCCGGUCCCCACCCCGCCGCUAUAGGGGACGUUCUCGCUCCUACAGCCGAUCCCCACCACGCCACUACAGGGCUCGUUCCCGCUCCUACACACGCUCCCCGGUAUCAGACAGAUAUUCCCGUCAUCGCAGAAGCUAUAGAUCCAGGUCCCGUUCUUGGUCUCCAGCACGCUGGAGUAGGUACAGGAGACCAGCAAGUCAGCUGAGAUGCAGAUUCUCUCGAUCUCCUUCCAUGCCCUACAGGGGGCGAUCGCGAUCCAGGUCAUCUGGACGUUCUGUUAGUUUAAGCCUGCGUGACAAAAGGGAACUCCUUGAAGUUGCCAAGGCUAAUGCUAUGCGAAUGCUUGGAGUGGAGAAGCUGGACCUUCCUGAAAGUGUGAAGCCUAUCCUGUCAGAGCAGCCAGCAGCCAGAAGUUCUUCACCAGAGCCUGUUACAGGGAUGAGGCAUGGCUCCCAAAAGACUCAUUUAGAGGACGAGUCAGAGCCUGGUGUGUCCAGUCCAAGGAUGGAAAGCAGGAAAAUUGCUUUCAGUGUAAAUAAUUCAGUUGCCAAGCCAACAGUGGUGGCUCCAUCUCCUGCAAAGGUAACUCCCAGAGUUGACAGCGUUGAAAGCCGGAAGCCCUACGGCCAUUGGAUUCCCAUCAGUGCAGGGCAAAACUCCAGCCCAAACAAACACCGUUAAGCCAUUUCUGUGGCUGAGCACAUGGACACUGUAAAUAAUGUACAUAGUUUGUGAAAUAUCAAUUUUGUGGUCAUUUUCUUUCAGAUGUUAGACUUAAAUGGGAAGCUGUGAAGAAUUCGUUCAGGUGGGAUUAUUCAUUUUCCUCUGUAUUGUGUAUUUAAUAAAGAAUUGAAUCAAGAA